UGUUACGGUAGUUGGUGGAACGCUAGUAGCUUGCUUGCUAGCUAACUUGAGGAAGGGGAGUCCUCUCAGCCUGAGGAGGAGGGCAGGAUGAACCCCUUGGCGCUGGCACAGUCCAUGCCUCCCCUUGUGCUCCCUAGCCUGGAUAUGGGGAGCAGCAAGCAGCCCACCGGUCUGCUCGGGGCGUCUCUGGGCCUGGGCUCUUCCGACAUGGAGCUGCAAAAGAUGCUGAUCGACGAGAGGAUGCGCUGCGAACACCACAAGACCAACUACCAGACCCUCAAAGCUGAGCACACCAGGCUGCAGGAUGAGUACACGCGCGCCCAGACUGAGCUGAAGCGGCUGCUGACGGACAAGCAGACCUCGCAGGAGAAGCUGCAGCUGCUGAUGACUGAGCUGCGGGGAGAACUGCUGGACAAAACCAGACAGAUGGAGGAGCUGCGGCUACAGAUCAUGACUCCCCAGAGGCAGGAGCUGCUGAGGGCUCAGAUUCAGCAGGAGCUGGAGGUGCCCAUGAGGGAGCGCUUUAACAAACUGGAGGAGGAGGCAGAGAAGUAUCGUUCAGAGUAUAAUAAGCUCAGAUAUGAGCUCACCUACCUCAAGUCCGAGCUUCACCAGCAGAGGGAGGAGCAUACUCGGGUCCUGGAAGAGAGAAAGAUGCGAUAUGACGCUGAGGUGUCUCGUCUGGAGCAGGAUAAGGAGCAGCUGGCGGCCCAGCUGCAGAGUGGCGACCCGGCGCGGGACGGCCGGCGUGUGGAGGCCCUGCUGCGCGAGAAGGCCCAGCUGCACCAGCGGCUCAAGGGCCUAGAGAGCGAGGUGGCUCAGCUCCGUGCUGAGAGGGACAGCUCCGGCUCCCAGGCCGAAAACGUGCAGCGCAUCCAGAUGCGCCAGCUAGCCGAGUCCCAGGCUUCGGUCAAGGCCUUGGAGGCGGAGAAGCAGUCGGUGCGGAUGCAGCUGGAGAGGGUGGAGAACGAGCUGCAGCUCAGCCAGGAGCAGAACUCACAGCUCACCACCCGGUUGCACAAGGCUGAGAGAGAGGUCAACAUGCUUACCAGCCAGGUGGAGGGAAUGAAGCACAGUCACAAGCUUGAGGUGACCAACGUGAAGCUGGAGUGUGUGAGAGCCAAAGGAGAACUGGAGAGAGAGAGGGACACACUACAGAGCCAAGUGGAUGGCUUGCAGUCUGAUCUGGAGGUGUUGCGGAUGGCGGUGGAGAGGAACAAGGAGCUGCUGGCGGAGAAGGAGAGGGAGAUGGUGCGUCGGGUCCAGGUAGCCCGCGAGGAGGAACUCCACAAAAUGGCCGCCGUGCAAGAAGAGAAGCUUGAGAUGGACAACCGCUUGGCGGAGCUGGAACAGCAGAGGGCGCUACAUGAGGCAGCAGCCAACUCACAGAGAGACGAGUGGGAGGAGCGUAUCCGUAGCAGCCAGCUGGGGGAGGAGUCUGCGCGCAAGGAAGCACACAGUCUCAGGAUGAAAGUGCAACAACUUGGUGUUCAGGUGGAGGAGCUUGAAAGACAGCAGUCAGAGAACUUAGAGCUGAGACAGAGGAACCAGGAGCUGAACACCCAGCUGGGUGCGCUGUCCCAGUCGGAGAGCGAGCUUCUGGACACCAACCAGCGUCUGAGGGAAAGCCUGGAGCGCGUGAGAGAGGAGCUGAGGAACACCCGUGGCCAGAUGGACAAGACCCAACAGGAGGCCGAGAGGCUGGUGGAGGAGAGGCGUGUGGAGUGGCUGGAGGAGAAGCACAAGCUGCAGGAGCAGGAGGCUGAGCUCCAGGAGAAGCAUAACCAGGCCAAGGAUCGCCUGCAGAGGGCAGCACUGGCCCAGAAGAAGAGGAAAGCCAUGUCGGAGGCCAAGGAGAAGAAACUGCUGGAUAAGAUCCAGCUCUUGGAGGCCAAAGUGGAGGAGCUGGAGAUUGAAGUUAGCACAGCCAAAAAGAGAUCCUACUCAGACGAGCAUGCUCAGAUGCACCGGCGACUGAAGGAGCUGCAGCGGCGCCACAGCGAGUUCCGCAGGCUGCUGCUGGGACAUCAGUUCUCCUCCACCCCUGUGCCCCCCUCAGUACUGCUCCCAGGGUCUGAGACGCUCCUUCCCAACCUACAGGACGAGCAGCAUCAGAGGGAGCUGUCAGUGCUGCGGCGCCGCCUGGAGGAACUGGAGUGCAGUCAGCAGCAGCAGCUGGAGGAGCUGGGCCCCCUUCUGGACCGAGACCGGGACCGAGAGCGCGACUUCAGCCUCAGGGACGGGGGCAUCAGCCCGCGGGACUUCCACCGGGGCAUCCCACUGCACAGCAGCCUCAGCUCACGCGAUGCCCUGCCCGACCUUUGACCUUCAGUUGACCCUUAUGACCCCUGACUUUAAGACAUGGACUAAAUUACUCAUGGAUUUUUUUUUAUAUAAAAAAAACAGCACAAACAAACAAACAAAAACAAAAAUAACCAGUCAUUGCAUGUAUGUGUGCCAAAGGCUGAAGACUUGAAAAGAUCUCUGCACUUGAGUGUGUGGUAAUGGGUCCACCGCCCUCCGCCCAUUUUUUAAAAUUGAAUCAGUGUUUUGUAUGGUUGCACUAUUUAAGCCUGUCUUUAAGACACAUGUUUUACAGCUAGAAAUGUCUCCCCACUUGCAUUCAGGGAUUUCAAACAAGUAUAGGUUUUUGGCUUGUUCAAAUAGUCAACAGGCUUCAGCAUGUUUGUUGGGGUCUGAUGUACAUAUAGUGGUAUGUGAAUCCUCUGGGACGUUGUUUUUGACUGUUUUAAGUAAAGAUGAAUUUAUACUGA